AUGUCCUACUAUGAUAUUGACUCCAUCUUGACCGACUCCCAAAAACUGCCAUGUACAUUUGAGCUCGAAGUGCCCGGCCUGGGCAUUCUGGAAGGCAACGCAGCCGGCACGCGUAUUGACCUCCCACUAUGGCUGGGUGAAAUGCUGUCGAUCGGAGCGAGAUUGGGAACCUCACGUCUUGUCACGCUCGAUAUGCCCGAUGCUCUCUCCGAGCGUGUCAUGAAUGCGCUGAAGGCUGAUCCCCGCACACUUGAUCUUCGGGCCUUAGCGCCGCAUUUCUACAAUCUCAGCGAACGGAUUCUGGAAUUGUUUGAAGAGGAAGAGAUGGUUGAUGUUCUAACUGACACAUUCAAGAAACGAGCAGCAGAAAUAGCCGACCACGCACACAACUCGCGUGGAGCGGUUGGCGAUGGCGUUGAUUUCCUUCGUGGACUAGACGAGACCGAGCGGCAAUUAUUCCGGGCUGCUCAUGACCGGGCCAAGGAAAUGCGUGUCUGGUGGGCCGCGCCCAAAUUGGCAACCGGGGGUUGUAUUCGGCACGUCAAUUAUGCGCAGGUGAAGAUGAUGCCUGCAGCCAUAAUGCAUGAGAAAAUUCAAAGGAGUUCGGCUGCUGGUCAGCCUGCUCCUUCGCACUCUCAACCUCCUGUAUAUCAUUCUAAUACUGCACCUAAGCGCAGUCUUUCCUCCAAACCUCGUCUCUCAAACUCCUCGGACCGCCCAGAACACCCGUCGCUGUCCCGCGUCAAAGGACGGCCUAAUAUGUUUACUCCACCUCCAGUCAGUGCUGAGGGCUCGUGGCUGAGAGAUCAGUCACCGGCUCACCCUGGGACUAGGACGCCAAACCGCUCAUAUGGUAUGUUUGCCAGAUUCGUAUCAUCAGGCCGAAUAUUGACCUCGUAUGAUUUAGACACACCGGAACCAAGCACACCUACACUUGUUAAUCCCUCAUCUGCACUCCUGCAGGAUCUUCUCAAGGAACAGCGCGCCCACCGCGGAUCCAGAGGAAAUAUCUCCGAAGACUUGGAUAAUAGUGCUCCCCGGACACCUGAGACUGUCCGAGUGCACGACGAUACCGCAUCCGAAAAAGCACGUAAAGUUAAUGACGCCCUCUCUGCCGGUCAGAGGAAACCGAAAGAGAUGGGAAUGCGCGAAAUGGAUAAUUAUGUUUCGAAAAUGAAUAAGCUCAACUUUGACCUGAAGCUUGAGGUGUUUCACCGCACGCAGCAGAUGAAGAUUCUCGAGCAGAAGUUGGGGCGGAUGGCUGAAAUGGAAGAACAACUCGCCUACAUGGAUCAACUCGAGGCGGAAGUCAAAGAGCUUCGGGGCGUGGCGAACGAAAACCGAAUGCUGCGUGAAGCGAAUAAACAGCUCAGCAGUGACUUCAAAAACAGAGACCAGGCCGUUGUGGAGGCAGUCGACCUUAUCUGUCAGCUGGAAACGAAGAUUGAUGUACUGGAAAAUGGCGGGCGAACCUCGAAGAUGUCGAUGUCGCGCCCUAUGACUGCAGAUGGUUCCGACAUUUUGACGCCCAAAGCUCACACAAUGGUUGAGAUUCCGGAGAGAACAUCUUCCAGACGCGGCUCGAGAAACUCCAGUGUCAUGAACGUGGCUCAUCGUCAGACAUCGUCAGAGCUACGGAAACUAUCAAAAGCGCCUUCGUUUUUGCGAGUGGAUGACAAGAGUACUGCGACCUUGCGAGGUCUUUACGAGCCACAAACCAAUGAUUCACGCUCCGCCGUGAGUGAACUGGCAAAGUCUGAAAGCUUCCACACCAUGAACGACACAUUGGAACCUGAAUCUCCCAGACUGAGCGUUCUUAGCGAAUGCAGUGAGUUAAACACAUUCGACACACCUACGAAAUGGGACGACCUCGACUGUCUCGACAUUCCUGUUCGGAAGGCAUUGUCAACCACGGGCAGCAUGGACAGCUAUGUUCGUCCCACCGAAAAGGAAGAGAGCAAAGAAGACCAGAUCGAUCGGUGGAUGCAAUCCCGAGAGGACAUCAAUGAGACCAUCAUCACACGACGGAGAAAUCGAGCCUCGUGGGCUCCCUCAACAUCCGGUCUUACAAGUCUUGCUGCAGAUCUAUACUCUCAGAAACCUCGUGGGCGCGGACGCUUGGAUGCGUCCCUGUUCGCAUACGUGGUCGGCACCAACCGCUCCAAUGGCUCGAACGGCUCAAACGGAAGCAUUGAAGCUCAAAAGAGAUUCCGCAAUGACCAAGAUCCGUUCUUCACUGCUAAACCAAUCAACCGUCCCCACUCGGCCGAGGAGAUCGCAAGCAGACGCAGUUUCAACAGCGAGGUCACAGACAGUAUGCAAACCAACUACAGUGAUACCACACGCCCUGGCGGUAAGGCCGAGUCUCACACCAUGUUGCCCACAUUCAACACUGUGUCUUCCAAGGCAAGCGAGCUACUUGGCCCCGGAAGCCCUAACAAUCCGGCCAUCUCAACAUUCGGAGACCUGCAUCAAGCUACCGUCAACCAAAUUUCUACACCCACAAUCCAUCGCGUUCGCAAUGUACCAAAAGCCAUGACCCCCGAGCCGCAGCCCACUGAACGCGACGCUUCCCCGCCAUUGACACCGCAGGACUGGAUCGCCGCUGCGCAUCAAGGCCCGCGGUCUCGCAAAGAAAUGGCUCGCGCAGCCAGUCCCCAACUGCAGCAGACUGAUAGAACUCCGCGCAAGGUCGUCAGCCCAACCGCUUUCGAUGAUGUAGACAGCAUCGCAUCGAACCCAACCGAGCCCGAUUCUCCUGGUAUCCCAACUCUUGAUAUGACCACCCUCGACAUUCUGGAACAACCACUCGAAGUUUCCGAGGCAAACCCUGUUCCCGAAGCUGACCCAGAGCCCCGCCGACGUCUCAGCUUCCGUCCUCCCUUCUUCAGUCGCUCCACCAAUCAUCCCCGUCCUCUCCAAGCUUCUCCAAUCCUCAAUGACUUUGAAGAUGAUGAAGACGGAGCCCCAUCCCCCAUUAUUCCCAAAACUCGAACGAUGGGCGGUAGAGCUCAAAGACCUACAUCUCAGCUCUACACAAACCCCAACGAGCUAUACUCCAGCCUUCAAAUCUUCAGCGAAGACCAACCCACAUUCCCCAGAGGCCUCCCGCAGUCCUCCACAGAACCAAGAAUAGCCGAUCAUAAUGACCCACCGAAUGCCUCUGGUCGCCCUUCUACAUCCCAUGGCUCUGACCACAAGCGCCGAAGCUCCCUCGGAAUCAUCGGUUGGAUGAAGGGCAAGAUCUCCGACUCAACCGACAAGCCUGAGCACUCGAAGGAGCCUCGCCCUUCCUCCCGUCUGGCUUUCGAGGCCGCAAAUGGGGUUGAAAUACCCCGUGCCGAGACACCAGACUUGGCGGAGGCGCCUGUUGUCAGACCCCGUUCGGAAAUGAUAUCCCAUGACGAUGCUGCUAGACGGCCUCGGUAUAUGGGUCGUCGUGCGCGCAGAGGCUGA